UAGCUAACCCAGAAAGUUCAUUCGUUUGAAUCAAAGCUUAAGAGAGUGAGAGAGUUGUUGUUGUUUAUAAAAUUGAAAGCACGUAGUUUAUAAAAUUGAAAGUACGUACGUAAUUUGAUUCUGCAACAUAAAGAUGUUGAAAGUGAAGUUUUUUGAAAGAUUUUGUCUUGCUUCAGCUUCAUUCAGCCGAUGCUACAGUAGUGCCCCUCUCCGUCCCUAUAUUCUGGGUAUAGAGACAAGUUGUGAUGAUAGUGGUGCGGCAAUUGUGAGCGGCAAUGGCACCGUUCUUGGCGAAUGCAUUCACUCGCAGCAAAAUAGUCACCUCAAGUUUGGCGGUAUUAUACCUCCAGUGGCUCAGGAUUUCCAUCGGCUACACAUAGAUAACGUUGUACAGAAAGCAUUCAAACGUUCCAACUUAGACUGUUUGCAAAUUGACGCAAUCGCUGUUACCAACAGGCCAGGACUGCCGUUAAGCUUGCUGGUAGGAUUGCGUUAUGCAAAAUACCUCGCUAGAAAAUACCAAAAACCUAUCAUGCCGAUACACCACAUGGAAGCUCACGCUUUAAUGGCUCGAAUGACCCACAAAGUGCCAUUUCCCUUUUUAUGCAUACUGGUCAGCGGAGGUCAUUCCUUGCUCACGCUAGUGAAGAGCACUAGCCAGUUCUAUCUGCUAGGUGAGACGUUAGACGAUGCUCCCGGUGAAGCAUUUGACAAAAUUGCCAGACGUUUGAAGUUGAGAAAUUUACCUCAAUACGCUUGGCUUUCUGGGGGCCGUGCGAUUGAGCAAGCUGCCAUGCUGAGCAAUAAUCCACGGAAGUAUGACUUUCCGCUACCGCUGUCCCACUAUCGAGAUUGUCAGUUUAGUUUCGCCGGAUUGAAAAAUACUGCCACUAGACACAUUGUUCAGCAGGAAAAAGAACGGGAACUUGCCCCGGAUGCGAUACUACCAGAUUAUCACGAUCUUUGCGCGGGAUUCUUAAACGCAGCAGCACGCCACAUUUCGCAGCGAACACAGCGAGCGAUACGAUUCUGUGAAAAAGAAAACCUUAUUAAUCCUAAUGAUCACAAAUUUCUCGUUAUAUCCGGGGGAGUAGCUUGUAACGAUACCAUCUUCAACACUGUAUCCAAUAUGGCGCGAGAGUUCGGAUACACAACCGUUAGACCUGAAAGGCAUCAUUGCACCGAUAAUGGCAUUAUGAUUGCCUGGAAUGGUGUGGAAAAAUUUCUCGUAGGAGAAGACCUCACCACUGAUUACGGAUCGGUAGAUUUUGUCGGUAAAAUCAAACUGGGGACGUCUUUAAUAGACAAAGUUAAAAGUUCAAAUAUACCUAGUAAAUGUUGAAUAAAUAUUUUUUUAUUGUACUUAGCCUAUCACAAUAUGAGAACCCCUAGUGUGUAUUUAGUGUCGACAUGUCGAUAGGAAUUCGCCGGGAGAUACCUUAAAACGACGGCUUUGCAAGUUUCAUGACAAUAAAGAACGAAAUCCUUGGAA